AUGACACUUGCCACACAUCAGCUGCUUCGUCAGCUUCUUCGUCAAGUUCCCAGUAAUGCGUUUCUGAAAUCAACCCGAAAGGCGUUCCUUUUCUCGUACCUAUAUGUUGUUCUACCAAGAAUCAUCAAACAUGUUUCAAGGGCAAUAAAGACUGGAAGACCACAAGAUAGUGUUGAUCCAAUUCUCAAGACUUUGUAUAGGGCGCUUCAUCCGCUGAAGUUCCCUUUAUUGGUUGCGAAAAUGAUUGCAACCACCAAUGUUUUGACCCCGUUUGUACAAAAGUUAUUGCAACGUAAAACCAACAAUAAGUUGAUUGUAUCUACCAUUGCCUCGUUUUUAGGUGCUAUUAUCAAUUUCCCAUCAUUUCAAGCCCAUAUCAUCAAGUAUAACCGAUAUUUUUCCCUUGAUUUCACCCUCAUUCUUUUCACAAGAGCUCUUGAUACCGUGGGGACAUCUUUAUUCCCAGUUCUUGUAAAGAACCCUCCACCUUUCCUCCAAAACUAUGGGGAUGGACUCUUGUUUGUGGUGUCGUCCUUUUUCAUCAUGCACUAUUGGUUCUUUUACCCAAACAAACUCCCUCCAGCAUAUCAUCGAUGGAUCACAUCAGCUGCUAAUGUGGACCCAGAAAUUGUCACCGCAUUCAAAGCCAUCAAACUGGGCACCUUGAAAUAUGGUGAGCAUUGUCCUGAUGAAGAUGUAUUCGUUUCAAUGUGUGAUAGAUAUGGACAAGAUCCUUCCAAGGGUUCAUUAAUUAAAAACACCCCACUCCCUUGUGAAGUUCUCCAUGCAUUCACCACUAAAAAUUGCGAAUUACAUGCCCUUUGGAGAUUCCAACGUGGAUUCAAGUUUGCAUUUAACCUUUAUGGAACCAUCAAUUUUGUGGUUUGGUUGAUCCGUCGUGGAAGUCCUAAAAGAUAUUUGAUCAACACUUGUCGUUCACUGGCCUUUUUGGGGGCUUUUAUUGCCCUUUAUUGGUAUUCACUCUGUUUGGCAAGAACAAGAUUACUUCCUAAACUUUUCCCCAAUGUCCCCAUCACCCGUUGGGACGAUACCAUUGCUCCAGCAGCAGGUGCCAUGGGAUGUGGGUUUGGAUGUUUCAUUGAGAAUGCCCAAAGAAGAAAGGAAUUAUCACUCUUUGUAGCUCCUAGAGCUUUGGGUGCAUUGGUCCCUAGUGAACCAACAAAGUUCAAUUUGAUGGUGGAAAGACUUGCAUUCAGUUUAAGUUUUAUGGUAUUGGCAUCAUUUGCCAAGCAAGACCCAAAGAAAGUUAGAGGUAUCAUGGGUAAAGGAUUGGAAGCAAUCUUUAAAGAUUAG